AUGGCAAAAAGAAAGGUAGACGCUGAAAACAGAGGAAAUUACAUGUUCACUGAAGUAAGAGGAAAGCCUGUGUGUCUUGUGUGUGGAGACAGCGUGUCUGUAAUGAAGGAGUAUAACUUAAGAAGGCACUAUGAAACUUCAACGAAACACACAGACGCACAGAAAGAAAAAUACAAGAAUAUGAACAUAGAACAAAGGCUACAGAAGGUAGAAGAGUUAAAAAGAAAUCUUCAGUCCCGGCAGGCUUUGUUCACAAAAGCCAAAUCACAAAGUGAGGCUGCAGUCAAGGCCAGUUUUAUUGUGGCAGAAGAGAUCGCAAAAUCAGCCCGGCCAUUUACCGAGGGAGAUUUUGUAAAGAAUUGUAUGCUCAAAGUUUGUGACGUCGUGUGCCCAGAAAAAAGGCAGCUAUUUUCAAAUGUGAGUCUGAGCAGAAACACAGUUGCUGACCGUGUAAAACAGCUUUCCACUAAUAUUAAAGAACAGCUUGUGGGAAAAGGAAAACAUUUCAUCGCAUACUCCCUUGCUGUGGAUGAGAGCACCGACAUAUCGGACAUUGCUCAGCUGUCAAUUUUCAUCCGAGGAGUGGACUCAAGCCUGUGCGUGACAGAAGAGUUGUUGGGAUUAUGUCCGAUGCAUGGCACAACUACAGGAAAGGAUCUGUAUGAACAGGUAUCUGGGUGUGUAAAUGACAUGGAGCUGCCUUGGGAUAAACUUGUGGGACUAACAACAGAUGGAGCGCCCGCAAUGUGCGGUCAUAAAAGUGGCUUGGUGGCAAGGAUUCGGGAGAGAAAAAAGGAGAACGACGGCACGGGUGAGCUGAUAUCUUAUCACUGCAUCAUACACCAAGAGUCGUUGUGUGGCAAAGCUUUGAAAAUGGAACAUGUAAUGAGCACCAUAACAAGAGCAGUUAACUUCAUUAGAGCAAAAGGUUUAAAUCACCGCCAGUUCAAGACGUUUCUGGAGGAGUUAAAUUCUGAGUAUGGUGACCUGCCCUAUCACACAGAGGUGUGGUGGCUAAGCAAGGGAAAGGUGUUGAAAAGGUACUUCGAGCUGCGUGAGGAUAUCUGUGUAUUCAUGGAAAGCAAAGGGAAAGACACUACAGAGCUCCGUGAUAAAAAGUUCCUGUGUGAAGUCGCAUUUCUGUGUGACAUCGCUGGCCAUCUGAAUGAACUGAACCUGCUGCUGCAGGGGCGGGGCCAUGUCAUCUCUGACAUGUAUUCUACUGUGAGGGCGUUUAAAACCAAGCUGAGCCUGUGGGAAACGCAGAUGCGGAAAAAUAACUUUGCCCAUUUUUCGUGUUGCAAGACCAUGCACGAGCUGGUCUCUAAACAGCCUACUGAGCCUAGUGAGCCUACUGUCGUGUUCCCGAGUACACUGUUUGCUGACAAACUCGGCAUACUUGCUGCCGACUUCAGCCGGAGAUUUUCCGACUUUGAAGCCCAAAAAAGCAGGCUUCAACUGCUCAGCAAUCCAUUUGCAGUUGACGUGGAAAGUGCACCAGUAAAUCUCCAAAUGGAGCUGAUUGAGCUUCAGUGUAAUGACACCCUGAAGGCAAAAUAUGAGUCCGUGAGCGCUGCUGAGUUUGCGCGUUUCAUCCCCGACACAAUGCCUGAGCUGCGCACCCAAGUUGCUCGCACGCUGUCUAUGUUUGGCAGCACAUACCUGUGUGAACAACUGUUUUCGUUGAUGAAACUAAACAAAACAUCACAUCACAAUAGGCUUGGACUCUGA